AGCUGUCAUUUGUCAAAUUGUCAAGAUUAUUGAUAUUUUGUUAGCGAUGUUAUUCUAGAAACGAAAACUAGUAUUAUAAUUGCAUAAGAAAAUAAAAACUAAAGCAUAUGCAUUAGCUUUCCCAGUGAACAUUUUACAUAUACUAUACGUCAUAAUCAUAAAAUAUAAACAGACGUAAAAAUGUAUGUAAAACAAAUCAUAGUCGUGUGCUUUUUAAUUUACCUCGGCUUUGUGUCUGGUUCAUAUGAUGAUAAAAGAUGCAAAUGUGUGUGUCCACGUCCGGCUGCAGUACUAAAUAACACUGUAGAUUCAGAUCGUACACUCUAUAUUGGUAAUGUGCCACCAAACAAAUGCAAUUGCGAUGGUAUCAUUCUUCCCAAAGUUGGCGAACUGAUUAAAGGUAGAGAACAAGAAUUUUGCCCACGCUGCGAAUGUAUUUAUGAGAACAGAAACACAACAAUAAUUCAGGUUGUUGUUAUAAUAGUUGUGUGGGUGAUCAUGCUACUUGUAGCAUACAUGGGAUUCCUGAUCUGCCUUGACCCAUUGAUCAACAAGAGAGCCAGGGCAUCAUACCAAGAACAUACCAAUGAAGAUGAUGAGAGUACUAUCAGCGGACCGUCUCAACAAGCCGGGCCGCGUGGGAACGUUCUGAACCGCGUCACUCACCAGCAAGACAAGUGGAAGCGGCAAGUGCGCGAGCAGCGACGCAACAUAUACGAUAGACAUACUAUGCUCAACUAGGAUACGGUUGUCUAAUCUUCAUAAUGAUAAAUUCCAUUUAACAAGCAUUCUCUUGACUGUAUCAUAUAACUAUCAGUCAAUAUAUCCAUGCAUGUUAAUGUAUUUAUCAUUUGUUUAUUAGAUAAAAAGAUAAGAAUUGCUGAUGAUAUCUAGAGAUUGAUACAUCACAAUACAUCAUUGUAUCCUUGCAGUGCAAAAUCCAGUAAGGCUAAUGUUUAGGAAUGCAAUAAUUAUUGUGUUUUGUAAUUUGUAAAUAAGUUUAAUUUAUACAAUUAUAUAAUUACUUAAUUAUAGCUGACAUAAUAACCAUUUGUGUGAUUAUAAAAACCAAUAAAUAACUUUUUUCUUAC